GUCUGCAGUCACUUGUGGUCAGUGAUCCGUAGAAGUAGAAGGGAUGGUUAACUUCACGUGGAACAAUGUCUGUUGUAAAGUGUUUUAUUAGAGUGUUUCCGUUCAGUCGGAAGAUACGUCAUUUAGUAUCAUAUAAUGCAAAUGAACUGCUUCCAAAUAAUUCGAGUAACUGGAAAGUAUCGGCAUCAUCGAACUUUCAACAAGACAGAGAGAGAAAAAACACCGUUCAUAGUAGGAAGGGCCUGGUCUUGACUGCAUGCGUUGGCAUUGGACUGGGUUAUGUAUUUCGAACAAGUCGUCAGGAUGUGGGAAUUUUACCUUUUCCCUCAGUGUGUGCUGCAACUAUAGAUGACAGUGGCAGAGGAAAGGGAAAAAUGACUCCACGAUUUAUGCAUAAUUUCAUUGCUGAUAUUGUUGACCAGGUGGCACCAUCGGUUGUGUACAUUGAAGUGAAAGAUAGUAGAAGGUAUGUUUGUCUCGAAAAUUUUAGUAGAAGGAGACAUAAAAUAUAUUGAUAAGUCUGUCAAGAGCUUUCUUCCUCAAAGGACUGACUUCUUCAGUGCCCCUGCAGCAUCAAAUGGGUCGGGUUUCAUUGUUAAAGAAGAUGGCCUAAUCCUCACAAAUGCACAUGUUGUUAUUAAUAAACCAAACAGUACUGUGCAGGUCAGACUUAAAGAUGGAAAGACUUACAGAGGAGUUGUGGAAGAUAUUGACAUAAAAUCUGAUCUGGCCACUGUUCGCAUACCUUGUAAAAAUUUACCAGUGAUGCGACUUGGGUCUUCUCGAGAACUGAGACCAGGUGAAUGGGUAGUGGCAAUUGGUAGCCCUUUGUCUCUUUCCAACACUAUCACUGCAGGUGUGAUUUCAUCAGUGAACAGGCCUUCAGAGGAACUGGGUCUCAGAGGUCGUGACAUGGAAUACAUACAAACAGAUGCUGCAAUAACAUUUGGGAAUUCUGGAGGCCCACUGGUUAACUUGGAUGGAGAAGUUAUCGGCAUUAAUUCCAUGAAAGUCACAGCUGGUAUUUCAUUUGCAAUACCUAUUGAUUAUGCCAAGGAGUUUUUGAAGAAAAGUGAGGAAAGAAAGAAAGCAGGGGCACCUACAGGGCUAUCAACAAAGCGACGUUAUAUGGGCAUAACAAUGCUCACACUAACUCCAGAUAUUAUAUAUGAACUUCAAAGCCGAAAUCGUCCAAUUCCACCUGAUGUGACACAUGGUGUACUUGUAUGGAAGGUGGUGGUUGGAUCACCUGCUUACAGUGGUGGUCUGAUGCCUGGCGAUAUAGUAACAUACAUCAACGACGUUCCUGUUUCUUCGGCAACAAAUAUUUACCAAGCAUUGGAAACUUGUACUCGAUUGGAAAUGAUUGUUGUGCGUGGAUUUCAGAAAUUUAAGGUCACAGUUAUACCUGAAGAUCCCUGAUACAGAGGAAUAAGGUAUUCUAAGCCAUGUGUGAUAUGUAUUUGAUGCCAGUUGAAAAGUGAAAUGAAAACUUCAGAUAAAGUAAUUUAUUGUUUGUACACAAUACAUAUGCAUAUAUUUUACAAGAAUAAAGUAUAUUUGUUGGUA